AUGUCUGGAUAUCCGACAGGUUCUGGUGGUAAUGAUGGCCGUGGUUUGGAUUCUCUCUUUGCUCAGCUUCGACAACAGCAGAAUCAAUCUGCUGCUCCUGUUCAUUUAGAGCCAAGUUAUAAUUAUUACAAUAAUAACAAUAACAACAACAACGGCUUCUUUGGUCAAAAUCAACAAUUGCCUACCCAUUAUCAACAGCCUUCCGUAUCUUCGCCACUUCCUACCCCUCCUGUCCAUGGUCAACAACCUCACCAUAGUCCUGCUAUCAUGAGUCCUGUCGAUAUUCAACAUGCACAACCUCGCCUUGCCAACCCAGUUGGUACCACAUCCAAUGAUAAUCGUACUUCAAGCUUACUCAAUUUGUUGAAGUUCAGCCAAACUUCUGCUAGCAGCAAGUCAAACAACCAGGCAGCACCGAUCGGCACACCACUCCCUCCAUCCCGCGAGUCGUCCAUGAACUUUGGUGGAAACUCCGAUGUUCUUGGUCAAGUCAGCGUCGGUAACCGUGGUGGACAAGAUCUUCUUGCCGCACUUAUGGGAGGAGCACAACAAAAGCCAGUCUCGGUCCCACAAAUGACUCAAACAAGCCCGCAAUUUGCGAAUGCUUCUCAACCACAAGCGAACUCCAGCUUUGCAGCUGCGAAUUCUCCACCUGCCGAUACACAGGCUUAUCUUCUUCGUCUUCUGAACCAACCGAAACCAUCUCAAACUGGCAAUGAAUCGCCACAUUUGAAUACUGGCAAGGUGUUGACCCCACCAAGUAAAGCUAGUUCUUUGGAUGACGUUGGUGAUUUGGCACAAACUUUGGAGGACACAAAGAUUGAUGUGGAUAUGACUGUGAUGGGCUCCGCAGCUUCCGAGGGGAAGAUUGAUAGACCAUUCGGCAAGGAGAAUACACGAGAGAUUACUCCUCAGCCAAGAAACAACCAGGGCUUGUUUACCUAUGUUAAUCCUUUCGAGGAGCUAGCAGCAUCUUCUCCACGCAAUCGUACCCCAAAGGUAACCGCAGCUGGACCAUCAAACUCAAAUAUCUCUGCACCUGCGUUUCAGAUUUUGAAACGACAAGAAUCGACAGAUAACAAGCGCAAGAUGGACGAGAGAAGCAAUGUUGAUAGUCCUGCCCAGGUAUUUUCUAAGCGUAAGCUUGAAUCUCCUGCUGUAUCCUCCGGACCUCCCACACCACUUCCUGAUGGACGUACUCAAUUGGAGGCUCUAAUUGGAAUUGGUGCUUCAAGUCCUGCUGCAAACGGCAAAGACAAGGAGACUGUCAGUCAUGCACUUGAAGAGGUGGGCGAUGCCGUCGAUCACCAAGUUCAAGAAGCUUUGGCUCGUGCCGAGGAAGAGGCAACUAAUGCCGAAAUCGAAAAGGACUUACGCAACAUGCUCGCUGCCAAAACAGAGACACAGUUCGAGGAUCGUGCACAGGUUACUGCGGCGGCUAUCAAGAAGGUGCUUGACAAGGACGAUACUGUUCUUGAUGGUUUGCCUAGUCCAGUUGCUGAUGAAGUCAAAGAAAUUAUUGACGACGCUGCACACGGUCACAUUGCAGACAGCUGGGAGAGUGCAGAUGCUGAAGAUUCUCAGCCCAAGUACGACGAAACCGUCAUCAAAGUUUUCAACUUUCCUAUGAAGCCAUGGACCUCGAUCACUAUUAAAAAUAGUGAAGAAGGUCGUCCUAUUUUCCGUGACGAAAUCAUCAUGGACAUUGCUCGUCUCAAGAAAGAAUUCGACCAAAUUGAUCGUACUCUAGUUACUGCAUCUUCAAACUUUAUUGUUUAUGGUAUGUCAAAGAACGGAGGUAUACGUAUCAUUAGACAGGCUGAUGGCAAGGAUUCUCGACUAUUCACCGAGACUCAUGAUCGUAUCUUCAAUGUAUCGACUUCUAGUGCUCCAGCGGAUCUCAAGGAGACUAUCAUUGGUACAGGUAUUAGUGGCACAGUUUACUGGGCUAUUGUUAAGGACGGCGAAGGAGAUUUCAUUGAGGAAAACCAUCCUGAAAUGCAUGGUUUUGCUCUCCCUCCCAUUCAAACUCCUGACAAUGAGUCGGCGGGCGGUGUUCUCAAGACCAGAGCUAGAAAGAGCUCCAACCAUCCUGAAUUCUUCGCUGUCGGACGCGGAAAAUCCAUUCAGAUCAUCUAUCCAUCUGUUAUCAUGAAGAACUCUUUCCUGAAAAAUGGAAAAGAGCGCAUUGUUGAUACAGAUCGUUACCUCGCCCAUAGAUCUCUCAAGGUCAAUACCGGCAAGGCGGGCAAAGACUUCACAUUCAGUGAGGAUGAUACAACUAUCGUUUCACUCGACAAGGCUGGACGAGUCAAAUUCUGGGAUGUUCGACCUCUUACCCAGAUUCCAGAAGAUGAGCUUCAUCAAAAGGCUCCCCCCGUUGAGAUCAAAGAACCACUUACGACUCUCAUCACAACUCCAGCAACUGAGAAGUCAUGGCCAACUUCGGUACUUUUCGUUGAUAAGCUUCGUCCUUAUCAAAAAGGUGGACCAUUGCGAUACAUGAUUGUUGGUAUGAAACAAAAUCAUACUUUGCAAUUGUGGGAUCUCGCAUUAGGUAAACCUGUUCAGGAAAUUCACUUGCCUCACAGCAAAGAAUCAGAUGCCGUUUGUAGCGUCUUGUACCACCCUGCAACUGGUGUUAUUGUCGUUGGACACCCUACGCGAAAUUCUAUUUAUUUCCUCCAUCUUUCUGCUCCUAAAUACAACCUUCCACGCACUGUCACACAAGCAGAAUACGUGGAGAAGCUCGCAAACAACGACUCGAGUGUUUCUAAGCCAGAUUCUACUGCUGUCGUUAGUGGCAUGAGAGAAUAUUCAUUCGCUAGCAAAGGUAAUCUUAGAAGCUUGGACAUUUUACAAAAUCCUGCUUCCCCACCCGCUCGUGGAGAACCGAUCACCUUGUUUGAGUUAUAUGCUAUGCACUCAAAAGGUGUUACCUGCCUCAACAUCAAGCAAGCCGAUCUAGGUUGGGACAUCAACAACAAGUGUAUUUCUGCAGUUGUUGCUGAUAGAGUCGGUGCUGUCACUAUCGAUAUAUUGAAGGAGAUUAAUACCGCGCCACCUGCAACGCCAUCGGAAGUAAGUGAACCAGCACUUGAGCCUUCACCCGCACCAGUCCCUACUCCUACCCGAAUUAUCCAACGCCCAGCUGCGAAAGACAAUACUUCAAAGGAAACAAAGAAGGCUGUACAGGCAGAGCCAUCUUCUUCAGUACCCAAAGCUGAAGAGAAGGCUGAGAAGAAGGAAGUUCCUGCGGCUCUUGCCAAUGGUAGUUUAGCCGGCGCUAGUGGAACAGACAACAAGGCUGAGAAGAAGAAGCGACGAAAGGCGAACUCAAGUUCCGAGGGCCAAGCAAAUUCUUCCCAAUCCAAAACCAUCGCAACAGACAAUACUUCAGCACCAAGAAACGGCAGUGCCCCUCGCGCAAACAUGACUACCAUCCCAGAUGUCGGUAUCUCUUCAAGCUCCUCAACAACUAGCUUGACGGAAGACGUUCUUAAGGAUAUUGAAGGUCGCGUUUCUGGAGAAGUGAAAAAGUUACUCGACGAUUCCUUCAACAUUUUGGAUCAAAGAAUUAAGGAUGACAGGCGUACUCAAAACGCUGUCUCCGAUGCCAAGCAGGAUGCCGUUCUUCGUCUUGUUUCUAGCACUCUUACUGGAAACAUGGAAGAAUCAUUGAAGCGCAUCGUCAACGGAGCUUUGGAAAAUUCUAUCGUCCCUGCCAUCGAAAGUAUCACCUUGAAGACUGUCGAUCAACGAGUUACUCCAGCUCUUGCUAAUCACUUGAACCAAAGCUUACCAAGAGAAUUGCAAAAGAUUCUUCCAGAUGCUGUCAACAAGGUUAUGCAACAGCCUCAGCUUCUGAAGUUGAUGUCAGAAACCUUGGCAAAGAGUGUCUCUUUUCCUUUCGAAGAGCAAUUCGCUACUCUCUUGAACAACAGCAUCGCUCCUGCCUUCACUCAAUUGGCAGUCAACGCUUCUCAGCGUGUCGCAGCUGAUGUUCACCGCCAAGCUCAAGAACAGAUCGGUACUAUUGAACGUCAACGUCAUGCCGACAGCCUUAAGAUCGAACAAUUGACUCAACUUGUUACUGGGUUGACAGAGACCAUUUCAUCCAUGGCAGCUGCUCAAUCUGAAUUCCAAGCUCAAUUCUUGCGUGUCCAGCAAAGAGAUAGACAAUCAUCUUCUUCUCACCGUGCUAGCCCAGGUUUAGGUCACAACUCUAGCAGACCAUCUGUUUCUUCGGCGCUCGCAGCUGCUCCUAUUGUUGAGGAGAAGUCGCCCCAAGAAACUGAGUACGAGGAGAUGUUCAAGCAUAUUCAAGGCCCUAUGAGCGAGGGUAGAUAUGAAGAUGCUGUUGUCCGUUGGUUGCAAACUGGUAGAGAGCAAGAGUUCUUCGCAAGAUACUUUUGCAGAUUUUCUCCAAAGUUUAUCACAGAGCUCAGCCCACUUCUACUACUCAGCCUUGGCGCUAUCAUCACCAUUGAGUUGACUGAUGAUCUUAUGAAUCAACGUCUUGCCUGGACUGAAACCAUCUUGAACUCCUUCCAGAUCAAGAUGGUUAGUGGAUAUCUUGAGGAUCAGGUUGCCGAUCUUGUUCCUAAGAUCAUGAAUAUCUAUAUUCAACGCCUUGAACACCUGUUCAUGCGCAUCACCAACGUCGCUCCUUCCGACCCUCUUCUCAAGCAACUCUCUCAAAUGGUUACGACUGCCAAUCGCAUUCUUGAGCUCUAUCGUGAGCGACCAUCUUCUCGUCAUAUGGCCGGCUUUCCUCAAUGA